CAAUGUGUUGUUGUUAUUGGUUUGCUCAAUGAAAACAUCAAACCCAAUAUCAAGUGCAAAAGAAAACAACAACAACUAUAAAGGGCUAGAAAAUUACUUAAUUGGUCAAUAUUUUACUAGUGAAAAGUCUUGAAAAUUUUACACAGAAUGUUUGGGUGCAAUCCUUUGGACUACGAUUUGAAAGUGGAAUUAUCAAGAUGCUUUAAUGGUAUUGGCACAGUUUACUUAGCACAAUAUUUACCCAAUGGACAACAUAUCGCAGUCAAAAAGUAUCGUAUGGAUAAGGCAAGCAAAGAGGAGAGCAUCUUAGCGCGUGAUGAACUGCUUAUCAUGCGUCAAUUUAAUCAUCCCAACAUACAUACAUUCCAUACAUCAUUUGUAUAUGGAAAUGAGCUCUUUCAGAUAGCUCCAUUGAUGUGUUUUGGCAGCUGCAAAGACACCAUCGCCAACUGCUUUCGUGCUGGUUUUCCUGAAAUUUUUGUUGCAUUAAUAAUGCGAGAUGUGCUCUCCGGCCUGGAGUAUCUACAUCGUCGUGGUUUUAUACAUCGCUCCAUACGUGCCAGCCACAUAUUACUCAAUCAAACAAAAGCAGUAUUAGCUGGUUUCCGUGAGUGCACUAGCAUUGUAGCGCAUGGUGAACGUAUCGCGGCAUUGCAUCACUUAGCACCAUGCAGUGCACGUAGUCUUAACUGGUUGGCACCGGAAGUUUUGGAGCAGAACAUAAAGGGUUACACAGAGAAAUCAGAUAUUUACUCAAUUGGUAUAACAUGCUGUGAACUAUCGAACGGCGUGGAACCUUUUGCUGAUGCACAACCAACAUUUAUGUUCACAGAGAAGUUGCGUGGCAAUGUGCCAACAUUAUUGGAUCGUUCGACAUGUCCGGCAAGCGAGGAAAUGAUAGAAAUUGUCGCCAGUACCGAUUCAGACUCGAUUAGACAAGCACAGCAAAUAUACUGUCAACGUGUAUUUUCCGAUGAAUUCCAUCAAAUGACCGAAAUUUGUAUGGAGAAAAAGCCAGCCAGUCGUUGGUCAGCAUUGCAGCUCCUCAAUCAUUCCUUUUUCAAACAAUGUCGACACACAAGCAUUCUCGAUCAAUUACAACGUUUCGGUUUAGAGACGAAAGACUAUUCACAGAUAAGAGACGAAAGCUUAGCCCUCUGCACCGAUUUGAGCGAGUUGAAUGUACACAGCAAUGAAUGGAACUGGGAUUUUUAAUCCACCUUAACGAAAUUACCGCAAUUAAGCCAUACCAGCACACAAGUUUAUAUAUGUUCAUACAAAUAUAUAUAUAUACGAUUUUAUACGUACAAUUAUUUAGCUGUAAUUUUAGUCUGUAUUUGUUAAUUCCAUGUUAAAUUUAAAAAUAAAUAUCAAAAUGUUUGUACUUACGCAAUGCCUCCAAGAGAGAAUAUUAAAGACUACAAAAAUAAAGCAGUUUGUUAAUUUCUUACAAGGGAUUUAAACAAAAUAAUUAAAAUGUAUUUCAUUCCCUCUUGUCAUCUUAGCAGUGUAUUUAAUGUCCACACUGA